AUGACGACGCGACAAGCUGCUCUGUCACUAUACCGUCGCUCAUUGAAGCUUGCGCUGGACUGGGCUGUCCAUCGUCACCUAUGGCGAGGCCAGGCGCUCUAUAUUCGGUCCCUGUUUGAGGCCAACAAGAAGGUCACAGAUCCCCGGCAACAGAGAGCCCUGUUAGCGGAGACAGAAAAGUUACUCGAAAGCUGGAAACACCCCGACCCAUACGUUCCGCCAACCGCACCAGGAGGAUCCAAAUUUGAGCGAAACCUACCAUCUCCGAUCUUAGACCCUCCCCCACACCACGCGAAUGGGCAUUGA